AUGUGGAGUGAUUCUUUACUAAUAGUUUUCAUUUCUAUAUGUACGGCAUUCUUAGGUGAAGGGCUUACUUGGAUAUUGGUCUACCGGACAGAAAAAUACCAAAAACUGAAAGUUGAAGUUGAACGUCAAAGUAAAAAGCUUGAAAAACGCAAGGAAGCCCAUGGAGACUCUUUGGAUAAACAACAUAAGAAGAAAAUUGAAAGAGAAGAGGAAAGAUUAAAGAACAACAACAGAGAUCUUUCAUUAGUGAAGAUGAAGUCCAUGUUUGCCAUUGGAUUUGCAUUUACAGCUCUACUCAGCAUGUUUAACAGCAUAUUUGAUGGAAGAGUAGUAGCAAAGCUACCUUUCUACCCUAUCUCAUGGAUACAAGGACUUAGCCACAGGAACUUGCCAGGCGAUAACUAUACUGACUGCUCCUUCAUUUUCUUGUACAUACUGUGUACUAUGAGCAUAAGGCAAAAUAUUCAGAAGCUUCUAGGCUUUGCUCCAUCACGUGCUGCUUCGAAACAAGGUGGAGCCUUAUUUGCCACACCCCCUGCCCAAUUUAAGUAA